AUGUCGACACUAUUCAGGCACUUUCGCGUGCACCAAGUUUUCGGAGCGAACACCAAUGUCGGAAAAACAAUCCUUACGACUGCACUAGUCCGGGCAUCUGCUCAGCGAGGAAAGAACGUGUAUUAUCUCAAGCCAGUCAGCACUGGACCUCUAGAGGAUGCCGAUGACUACCAUGUUAAUCGGCACACCGCCGAUUACAAGAAAUCUGUACAUGCAGAAUGCCUAUUCCGAUACGAUGAACCAGUCAGUCCGCACCUCGCUGUGAAGAUGAAGGCAGAUUUAGAGGGGCAGGAUGUCAUUUUGCCGCCUUCAGACGGAACCUUCCUCGAUUCUGUUGCAAAUCGCAUUAGAACAUAUGCAAAAUCAUCUUUAAAUCCUACUCAUAUGUACUUGGAAACUGCCGGAGGUGUCCACAGUCCUGCACUCUCAGGAACAAGUCAAGCCGAUUGCUAUCGUCCUUUAUUCCUCCCCACAGUGCUCAUCGGAGACUCCAAGCUGGGUGGUAUCUCAUCAACAAUCUCAUCCUACGAAUCUCUACUCCUCCGAGGAUAUAUUAUUGACGCCAUUGUGCUAUUCCGAGACGAUUACUACCAAAACGCGGAAUACCUGAAGCCCUACUUUGCAGAACGCGGCGUUUUCGUGCAUACCGUCAAUGCACCUCCAGAGAGGCUAUCGGAUCUCGCAGCAAAUUUCACCUCCACAGACAAAUACUACGCGACGAUCACGGCCUUGGACACGGAACAUGGUGUGGGCCCUGUCGUUGACCACCUCGAUGUCUGUCACUCCAAACGUUUGGACGAACUCGAGUCCAUGCCCAAGCGUGCACAUGACAGCAUCUGGUGGCCCUUUGCACAGCACGGGCUGAUGAAGGGAGAAAAGGACGUCACAGUAAUCGACAGCGCGUAUUCGGACUUUUUCAGCAUCACGAACAAAUCCGCAUCCUCUCCCACAGAGAGCAUCCUUGAACCCCAGUUUGACGGUUCAGCUUCGUGGUGGACGCAGACUUUAGGACACGCGCACCCGUCGCUCACUUUGGCAGCAGCGAAGGCAAGUGGUCGGUAUGGACACGUCAUGUUCCCUCAGUCUGUCCAUCUGCCCGCGUUGAAACUAGCUGAGAGGCUGGUGAAAGGUGGUCCAGGUAAAGGGUGGGCCAGUCGCGCGUUCAUCUCCGACAAUGGGUCGACCGGAAUGGAAGUCGCGUUAAAAAUGGCGCUGAGAGCGUUCACCUCUCGUCAGCAAACGGAAAUAAAGGAAGACGAAAAGAAACAGCUUGGAAUUCUAGGACUCAAGGGAAGCUAUCACGGAGACACGAUUGGUGCUAUGGACGCAUGCGAGGAGGGCGUAUACACCUGCGAAUGGCAUAAUGCGAAAGGGUACUGGUUCGACCCGCCCACCGUCGGCAUAAAAAACGGAGAAGUUUUCAUCACAGUCCCCGCCACCUUGUCGUCCUUCCCAAUCUCACACGAUGUCCGCGCAGACUCUCUAGCGAACGUGUAUGACGUUGAAAACCGCAUCAAUUCCUCUCUUGCUAGAGCGUAUGCGAUGUACAUCACACGCGCUCUCGAGGCCCUAGAAAAGCGCGGUGGGCCCAAACUCGCAGCUCUGGUUCUCGAACCGUUGCUGAUGGGUGCUGGUGGCAUGAUAUUCGUCGACCCCCUUUUCCAGCGCGUACUCAUCGAUACAGUCCGCGGACGACGCUCAGGCUCGUCCACCAGCUGGUCCGGCCUUCCCGUCAUCUUCGACGAAGUCUUCGUUGGCCUGCACCGCAUCGGCAUGGAGAGCACCGGCCCCUUGCUAGGCGUUUACCCCGACAUCUCAGUCAACGCCAAAGUGCUUACAGGCGGACUUCUCCCACUUGCCGUGACUCUUGCUUCCAACUCCAUAUUCGAGGCGUUCUUGAGCGACAGCAAGGCCGACGCGCUGCUACACGGCCACUCGUACACCGCUCAUCCGAUAGGAUGUGAAGUAGCCAAUGAAACGCUCGCGAUACUUGACAAAGUGACCAAGAGCGACGAGUGGGUUGCUGCUCAGCAAAGCUGGGCGAAGCCUGACGGGACAGCGAGCCCUGUAUGGAGCUUGUGGGAUCCACACUUUAUCAUUGCCAUUUCCAAGUUGCCACAGGUCAAAGAGGUUAUGACCCUCGGCUGCGUUUUAUCAAUCAAAAUCAAAGAUGAUGCAUCUGGCUAUACCUCGCAUUCAGCCCAGACCCUGUUCCAAUCUUUGACCCGUGCCUCUCAAGAGGACGGCACAUUAUCAACAGCACCAGGCGGAGCUGCCUUUGGCAUGCACUUCAGAACACUGGGCGACGUCGCAUAUUUCAUGACGAGCUUAAACACCAGCUCGACAGUCAUUAGAUCUAUAGAAGACAAAAUAUGGCAAACUCUCAACGAGUAA